AUGUCCCCACGUGCCCAACGCGCUGGGCGACGCGGUGGGCCCUGCUCCGCGGCGGGGAGCCCGGCGGCGAAAUCCCCUCCGGAGACAGUGGGGGAGAGGGAUCAGGACCGACAGGCGGAGGAGGAGACGAUGGCAGAGUUGAUGGCGGGGGCGACUGCACACCUGGAGCCUCCUCCGCCCUCAGAUACCCCAUCACCUCCCACGGGAUUGGGAUGCGCCUCCCGCCAAGAAACAGCUGCGGGCAUCCCAAAGGCGCCGGCGACGGAGCAGCCGAUGAGGAGGGCUGAGGUGCAGGAGACGCCGAGGGGCGAGGCGGCGGCGGCGGCUGCGGUGGAAAGGGGAAACGUCGCAGCGGCGACUGCGUCGGUGGAGAUGGUGGGGGAAGCGGCUGCUGCCGCGGAGGUGCCAGAGGAGGCUGUGACGGCAUUGGGGCGGGCUGGCAGAACUGACGCCGUUUUUGGCGGUGGCUCAACUUCACGUUCUGCCAACCACCAGGGGGCACAACAGCAGACGCUGGAGCUGGGUCUGGCGGUGGAUCGGGAACCGUCCGAGGCGGUGACGUUGUCUGCGUCACCAGCGCCGGUACCGGCAGCGGUGUUGGCUGCGGCGAUGACUGCUGCGAUCGCGGCAGGGAACCUGGCCGACGCCCCGAUCGAGGGGGAGGCAUCGGUGGCCGCUGUGAGCGCCGGAACAUCUGCUGCCGCCGAGGGCACAGACACGCAGGAGCGCGACCAGGCGGCGAGCGGAAGACGGGGUCACGGGACCGGCGCCCCUGGACGCGCCGCUCACGGGAGGGGCGGGAGGAAGCUCCGUGCCCAGCCAGCGCCGAGGCGGCCCGGAGCAGGGCUGGGGCCUCGCGCCCCGGGACCCCUCCGGGGCUGGAACUGGGACUGGCACACUCACCGUGGAUCCCGGCGGGAAGAGAGCCACAGGUCGGACGAGGGGGGCGGAACGACGAGAGCCGGACCGGGGAAGGAGCGCCGAGCCGUGGGGCCCGAGGAGGAGGACGCGGGGCAAGAGGGGGAAGAAGGGGCGGGGGCGCAAUCGUCGGCGGAAGGGAGGCGCUUGUGA